AUGGAUUCUGAAUCUAACGGGCCGUCUCCUAGUCUCGAAGCAAAACCGACACUUCCGUCGGAGAACGACAGCACUUUCCAGAUGUCCUUACAGAUGGUGGUAGAAACGAUUUUUAUCGUCUUUGGCGUUCCAAGCAACAUUUUGGCAAUUUUCUAUCUCUGGAAGAAAUCCAACGGUUCGCUGUCGCCUGCUGUACCGUUAUUGGUUAACUUAGCUGCGGCUGACCUACUAGUAUUAACAGUUUUUAUGCCGUUUUACCUUGUGUAUGAGGCUAUGGAGUUUCAUUGGCCCUUUGGGGUCCUCCUCUGCAAGGGGGUUUUCUCCUUAACACAUAUCUGUAUGUAUGCUUCGCUUGCGACCCUGGCGACCAUAGCCGUAGAGAGAUACCUUAUAACAUUUUACAACUCGAUCAAACAAAGUCUUGUCAGGUAUCUUAUUAUAGUGAUUUGGGUGGCUGCUUUCAUCCUUAGCAUUCCUCAGUUAGUUUUUCUCCAAACCAUUAAUGUGAAUUCCCUUGAUGGUAUUGAGGAAAAAGAGUUUUUGUCUAGCGAGAUGGAGGCAGAGGAUAAAUUGGAGGAAAUAUACAUAUGCGACAUAGUUUGGUCACAACCGAAUUUUGAGAAAAUUCUCCAACCAAUUGACGCUGUUCUAUUGUAUUUAGUACCUUUAGCUUUUGUUUUUGUCAUUUAUGUUAAGAUUGUCCUUAAACUGCGCGCUAUUGACGGUAAAAGGCUUCCUCCUGCGAGGCGGGUUUUCGUAAAGCAACGAAAAUGUGUGAUUCGCAAAAUGAUAGCCGUUAUAGCGAUCUUCGCGCUGUGCCAUCUUCCGAUUCACGUGUUUCACCUGCUCCGCGUCUUUUUUUAUCAGACCUGGGAGGUACUCGUGACGGAGUAUCCAUGGCUGUUUUCUCUCUGUGCGAACCUGGUACUCGCUACUCACGUCAUCAACCCGUUUUUGUACGGCUCGAUUCACCGCUGCUUCAUAUGCAGUAUGGAAUUUAUUAAGUGUCUAGAUUGCCGUCUACGUUUUAGCUCUUCUGCAAGUUCAUUUCGUUCUCCCCUCAUUCGCUGGAGUAACACUAAGCAAACGUUUGUUAAAAACUGA